AAACAGGGGUGGAGAACAAGUCAUUGCAUUGUGCGAAAGGUGGUGAGUGCUCUUGCAUAUCACUCUUAUCCUGCUGUUGUCACUGUUGUGUCCAGACAAGAGGUAAAUGCCCUGUUUCUUGAGUUAAGAGCAUUACUACAUCAAGGAAACCUGUGCCACUGCUUUAGACACACCACGGCUGUACUGGUUACCUACAAUAUGUUACCUCCCCGAAGAGAGGAAACAAAAAAGAUCCCAGUAAAGGACAGUAACAAAUACAGAAAGAAGGAAUAAAGUACAAAUCCAAUGAAACGAAGCUUGAAGAGCUCAUAAACAAAGAAAUGGAGAAGCUCAAAGAAAGUACAACCAGGAACCAAGAAGAAAUAAUUUUAUGAAUGGCAACAUUUCAUAUACAAAACCCGAAGCAACUAGAAUGCAUAACAAUCAUAUGACUGAUGCUGUCCUCCAAAAUAUUUCAUCUGUGCCACCUAGAGCAAUACAGUAUGCUUUAAACUUCUGAGUAUGCAGUCACUGGUGUCUUGGAUGUUCAAAUGCAUACAUGUAUCCUAAACAGAAGAAAGCUCUGCAACCAAGAGUGCAAUAAACAUUUUUCUGUUGUAAGCCAAGAUUCAAAAUCUGUCUGUGGUCUUAUUCAUUUACUGAGGAUGUGUAAGUGCUGUUUCUUAUAUUUAAAAGAAGUAUUUCCUUUGGGGGAAGGGAAGUUUUUCUUAGCACUUUAUCUGAUAUGAUUGCAAAGGAACAAGCCCUUUUGAAUGAAGCUACUGUUAAUAACUAAUUUGCUGCAGAUCAGGGGAGGUGGUGAUCUUAUGCUGUUUUCCCUUUUGCAGUAAGAUGUUGUUUUACAGGGGUUAUCCCGGGCAGUGUAAGAAAAAAGGAAGAAAGAAACUGUAGAAGUUGUGCUACAACUAAAGCACAUAUUGUUUUUCUUUUUAUUUUCUUUUAAGAAAAAUCUGCCAAUUUUAUAGGAAGAUUCAGCCUGUUUAUUCUUCACUCACUCAAAUAUCUUCCACUGUAACAUACAGACAGGACAUCUUCGUGUGGGGAAAAUGUUAUAGACACUGCAUGACCUGAAAAAAAAAAGAAAAAAGGGUUCAAAUCCGUGAAUAUUUGUUUGGAUAUUAAAACUGUUUUGAAUGCAGAUGGGGAAAAAUGUCAACAUCAAAGGCAGAAACUAUGAAUCUCUCCACCACCUCUCCUUUGGGACAGCUGUAUAUGGACUCAGCUCAAAAUGUCACCGACAGUUACUUCAACAGGACAGACAAUGCCUCAUCAGACACAACUCAGGGCAAAUGCUACAAAGUUAUCAUCCCAAAUGAGUUAUUUCUGAUGAUUGGCUUGCUGAGUCUGGUUGAAAACAUACUGGUAAUUAUAGCCAUCAUUCGAAAUCGGAAUCUGCACUCACCCAUGUACUAUUUUAUCUGUUGCUUGGCUCUGUCUGAUAUGCUGGUGAGUGCCAGCAAUGUAGCAGAAACACUUGUGAUGGUCAUGAUGGAUCACAGCAUUCUGGGUGUGUCCCCUAAUAUCCUCCAUCAGAUGGACAAUGUGCUGGACAUGAUGAUAUGCAGCUCACUGGUGUCAUCGCUCGCAUUUCUAGGGGCCAUUGCAGCAGAUCGCUACAUUACCAUUUUCUACGCACUGCGUUAUCAUAGCAUUAUGACUACACGGCGGGCAGUGAUUGUCAUCACUGGGAUCUGGGUUGCCAGCAUCAUUUCCAGUACUGUUUUUAUCACCUUCUCUCACAGUAUUGUUGUCAUCAUCUGUCUUAUUAGCUACUUCAUUAUCAUGCUUUUCAUCAUGGGGGUACUGUACCUGUACAUGUUCAGGAUGGCCUACAUUCAUGCCAAGCAGAUUACCACACUCCAAAGGAAACGCAGUAUGCACCAGGUCACCAGUAUGAAGGGGGCAAUCACCCUCACAAUACUGCUAGGAGUUUUCAUCAUCUGCUGGGGUCCUUUCUUCUUGCACCUAACCCUAAUUGUCACCUGCCCAAAAAACCCCUUCUGCACCUGCUUCUUUAGCCAUUUCAACCUGUUCCUUAUUCUCAUCAUGUGCAACUCACUCAUAGAUCCUGUCAUCUAUGCCUUCAGAAGCCAAGAACUCUGGAAGACACUCAAAGAAAUGGUGUUGUGUUCCUGCUGGUAGGACGUAAUAAAAAGAUUCUGUAAUGCACCCUGCUGCUGGAUGACAGGUGCCAGACUUUGGGUCUCUAUUUUCCAACAGCUAACAUUUUUAAGUGACUGUGCUGUACAUACAUAUUUUUAGAUCUCCAAAUGAAAUGUCAUAUGUCAUCUGUAUUGUUAGUAUUCUCUGAAGGGGACUAUGUUUUGUGAAUUCUAAAGGGAUGCUGCUAAUCUUCUUUGCAUGAUGUUUUCUAAUAUGCAUUUUAUGCUUAUUACUCGUUAAUGUGCAUUAAUAUUAUUUGUUAUUAUAUAUGACUUCUUGUUUAAAACAAAUGAAAUGCAUGUUUUUGUACAGUUCUACUCUACUAGUUAGGAUCCAUGAACUGCACUUACUGCAUCCUUCCAACUAUCAUAAGCUCUAACAAUUUACCUUUUCAUUAUAGUGAAGUUUUAACUGUCUGUAUUUUUAUGCAUAAUGAGGAGUCUUACAUGUUAAACUGUUUUCAUAUUUAUGAAACAUGCACUGAAACAUUGCUGGCUGAUGCAAACAAAUGAAACAGUAUGACAAUAGGUGUAAAGUUGACUGCCUUCAUUUAAAUAUUAAUUAUUUAAGAAAGUCUCACUAGACAAUGCUGUCUGUUUUCAGGUGUGGUCUGUAUGAACUGGUCUGAUUUAAAUAUUUUCUCAAAAUCACGAACACUGUAAAUGAAGGUUGUGGGAUAUAAACUCAUAGUUGCAGACUGUAAUUUAAUUGCAUCUCAUUUCCUUACACUAUUACAGUUGAAAGCAAUAUAAUUAAAAUACUGCUUAUACCUGUAUAAAAUGUAGUACGUAUA